AUGAAUAGAAUAUUAAUAAAGAAAUCAGCAGUACCAUUACAUUUUAUAAAAGAAACAGUAUCAAUUAAUAGGACAAGUUUAAUUGAACCAAGUAAUAUUAUAAAAAAGAAUGAUUUUAGAUAUUUACAAAAGAAUAAUAAGAUAUCAACAUCAAUAAUAUUUUUACAUGGAUUAUUUGGAUCAAGUGAUAAUUUUAAAUUAAGUAAUAAAUUAUUAAUUAAAAGAUUUGAAUUUGUUUCAAAGCAAUUUGAUCAAAUAUUAUCAGAACAUGAUCCAAAAUAUUUAAAAACUAAUAAUAUUGAUAUAGAUUUAUAUAAUUUAGAUAUUAGAAAUCAUGGAUUAUCACCACAUAGUUCAGAAAUGUCAUUAAAUGAUAUUGAAGAUGAUUUACAUUUAUUUUUAAAGGAUAAUAAAAUACUUGAAAAGAAAUUAAAAGAUCCAGAAUUACAUAAAAUCAUUUUAGUAGGUCAUAGUAUGGGUGGUAAAUCAGCAAUGAUGUUUGCUUUAAAUAAUCCUCAUUUAGUUGAUGGUUUGGUUCCAAUUGAUGUAUCACCUUCAAAUUAUGUUGGAAUUCAUAAUCAUAAUACUAAAUUUGAAGCAAUGUUAAAUGCUUCAAAAUUAUUUAAAAAUCCAAAUACUACUAAAAUUUUAAUUGAAAAAGAAAUGAUAGAUUCUGGACUUGAAAAUAAAGGUGAAAGACUUUAUUUAUUAAAUAAUUUAAAAGAAUUGAAUAAAAAUAAAAAUAAUAAUAACAAUAAUAAUAAUAAUAAUAAUGAAGAAAAUCCAUUAUUUUCUUGGAAAUUAAAUGUUGAAACUUUAUAUGAAAAUCAAGAUAAAUUAUUAGGUUUUCCAAAUAAUGAAGAAUUAAUUCAAACUUCAACAAACAAUAAAUUACCACAAUUUAAUAAGAAAACCUUUUUUAUUGGUGGUGCUGAUAGUCAUUAUUUACAAUUGGCUCAUCGUGAAAAUAUUCAUAAAUUAUUCCCAAAUCACGAGAUACAAUUAUUCCAAAAUUCUGACCAUUUCGUAUAUGCUCAAAAACCAAGAGAUUUUGCUGAUGUUUUAUAUAAUUAUUCAAAAAAUAUAAUAAAAUCUUAA